AUUUUAAGAAGAUUUAAUUCGAAUAGUGUAUAAAGCUAAUUUUACAGAUUGGUACUGUCGCAGUUUUAGAUUAGGGUUUCAUUGUUGUUUUGCUAACAAGUUAUGUUAUAAAUUGAAUACUGCAGUCACUGGAUUUUUGACUAAACAGAAUUAAAAGCGGGAAAUUGCAACAGCUCAGGUUGUUAGCUAACGUCACCUGAUGACGUCGCAAUAAUGUCGACGCUGACGCUGCUGGAAGUACAGUUUACCCUUCUGACGUCACGUCAAAUUCAAGAACAGGAGCGGCGGAUUUUGCUGGCCAAUGACAAGCGUCGGAAAAAGACGUUCAAGGAGGAAGAGGCCGAGGAAUACUCCAAAGACUCGAAGGCGAACCCAGACUUGGAGCAGGGAAAGACUCUCCCGGAGUAUUUACAAGGAGAUGUUCCCGACAAUUACAAAUGCCGGCCUCUGGUUGAUCCAGACCCCUACUAUGACGACAAAAACACAUUUAUUAUCCUGGAUCAGAAUUAUGUCAUCUACCGGUUCAGUGCAACGCGGGCACUUUACCUCUUUGGAGCACUCAAUAUAAUGCGAAGAAUUGCCUGUCGUGUCUUAGUGCAUUCAUUAUUUAAUAGCAUAAUCAUGGUAACCAUUCUGGUCAACUGCAUUUUCAUGACCAUGGACACAACAGACAAAGACUGGGUCAACGACUACGUAGAGCGUGUCUUCUUGGGCAUUUACACUUUCGAGAUGGUUGUCAAACUUCUUUCUCGUGGAUUUAUUUUCUCCAGCUUCACGUACAUGCGAGACCCUUGGAAUUUGUUGGACGUGAGCGUCAUUUUCGCAGCUUACUUGGACAUCGUCAUGGCUGCCAUGGCAACCAGCAGCGGCGGAUCAGCGCAGAAGAUUCCGGGCAUGGCAGCACUUCGUGCGUUUCGUGUGUUGCGAGCAUUAAAAGCCAUCUCAGCCAUUCCAGGAUUAAAGGCCAUCGUCUCCGCUUUAAUUGAGUCAGUCAAGGCGCUAAAGGACGUGAUGAUUCUUACGCUUUUCUGUCUCUCUGUUUUUGCACUGAUAGGACUUCAACUGUUCAUGGGAAGCUUGCGACAAAAAUGCAUUAAAACAUGGCCGCCAAGCUAUAACGAAACUCUAAUGCGGGCAUGGAAUACACAGAACUACACUAACUUAACGGAGCCCUUUGUCCGAAACUAUGACAUCCCGCCUGAGAUGUUGGAAUCCCAGUUUAUGUUUAACACAACAGACGGAGAGUUAAUUCCGUAUGGAAAGUUUAAUUCGUCCCUGCAUUUGAACGGCUCCCUCGUCUCUCUGCCAAUGCCUUGCGAACCGAACCCGGCCGAGAAAUGUGAGAACCACACAGGAGCUUGGUUUAACGAAAGCUUUGAGUCAUGGACGACAGACGAAUGUAAUCACUGUUAUGUAAUGGAAAGCCCAUGGCUCUGUGGAAAUGGAUCAGGAACCGGCCACUGUUGGGACGGUUAUACCUGCUACCGUGCUGGAAUUAAUCCAAAUUAUAACUACACGAGCUUUGAUAACUUUUUAUGGGCGUUUCUGUCUCUUUUCCGGCUCAUGGCACAAGACUAUUGGGAAAAUCUCUAUCAGCUGACACUUCGGGCCAACGGACAGGUUUAUCUCAUAUUCUUCAUGCUGGUUAUCUUUCUCGGGUCGUUUUAUCUUGUCAACUUAAUUCUGGCCGUGGUGGCGAUGGCGUACGACGAGCAGCACCAGAUCGUGGCGGCGGAGGAGGAACGGAAGAAAGCUCAGAUGCAAAAGAAGAAAGAAGAGCUUGAGAACAUCUUGAUGGUGGUUAACAAGGCGGAGAGCAGACUUCAAAGUCGAAGGGCGAGUCACGUGACGCCAGGAACUCCGACUUGUUCCUCUCCGUCCUCUCCUCGCUCCCUGAAAGAUUCCUCUCGACACUCUUCGAUCCGGAGGAAGCAGAACCGAUGGUUGCUAGGCAACUCGACCAAAGAAAAGAAAGAGAAAGAAGAAGCUGCUCGACAAGCCGCAUCGAGGCUCGCCGUGGAGGUGAGGGUUGGAAUGAACGGUGAUGGACCACCCAAAGUUACAGCUACGCUCCCAAGUCCAGAUGUUAUCAACAGAGCGAUCACUGAGCUCCACCAACAAAGAGCAAAAGACGGAGGAAACGUGGAUCAGGACACUCUCGUUCCUCCCCACCAUCCACAUUCAAUUCUAAGGAGUUCGGGUUCGACUCCCAGGGCUUCCAUUCGCAACCUCCGUCUCUCCCCAUCCGUAAUGAAGAAAGAGUUUGUGGAGGACAACGAAGAUGAGAUUCAUGCUCGGAGGAAAGACUCUUCCAAGAGAGGAAGCGAUGGAAGUCUUCUGGAAACUAAAUGCUACGACUCCGAUUUCGCUGAUGACGAAAGCUCAGACCGUCUUAGCGUCGAUGACGUCAGCGCUAAACUAACUACGCCAAACUGUCGUCAUGCCAACACGAACGGACAUAGAAAUAGUCGUUCCAGCAGCACGAACAACGGAACAAUGGUCGAUAGGAACGGAGUUGUAUCUUUACUGCAUCGAAACCCAAUGAACAACAAUACUUCACUACCGGACGUGAUCGUCGAACGGCCACGUCACGACAGCGAUGUAAAAGAAGAUCUAAUAUCCACAUCUUGCGAGGGGGAGUUGAUUCACAUGGAUACCUUGAAACCAUCCCUUCAGCGCUCCCGACUUGCUUCCAUCGAUCUGCUUACUGAGCCCGAACUUGCCAUAGUGAAACGUCGAGCUAUGAGCCAAGCUUCUAUCAUGAGCGCAGGCAUGGAAGACCAGCGAAAAUGCGGUGACUGUUGGUAUCGUUUCACGGACAUGUUCUGUAUUUGGAACUGUUGUGGGUGUUGGUCAAAAUUCCAGAAAAUCAUGCGAUUCAUAUGUGACGAUCCCUUCUUCGAUUUGUUUAUCACAAUAUGCAUUGUGGCGAACACCACGUUCCUUGCACUUGAGCAAUACCCGAUGGGAGAGAGUUUGGAUAACGUUCUCAAAUUGGCCAAUAUUUUCUUCACCUCGAUCUUCACUGCCGAGCUGGUCAUUAAGAUGGUGGGACUUCAGCCUUUCUACUACUUUCAAGAGACGUGGAACUGUUUUGAUUCGAUUAUCGUUGCAGCUUCUCUGCUUGAGUUUCCUCUUCAAGGACUGAACGGCUUGUCGGUGCUUCGAUCGUUUCGUUUGAUGCGAGUCUUCAAGCUUGCGAAGUCUUGGCCCACACUGAACAUGCUGAUCAAAAUCAUUGGCAAUUCAAUGGGAUCGUUGGGAAACCUUGUCCUUAUACUGUUUAUCCUGCUGUUUAUUUUCGCAGUGGUUGGUAUGCAGUUGUUUCGGGAGAAAUACAAUGCGGUUCAGGGAGAACUUCGCUGGCACAUGAAAGACUUCGGGCAUUCCUUUCUUAUAGUUUUUCGGAUACUUUGCGGGGAAUGGAUUGAGACGAUGUGGGACUGUAUGCAUUAUGGGGAGGAGAUCUCAGCUCUUUGUAUCCCAAUGUUCAUGCUGGUACAAGUAGUCGGCAACUUAGUGGUUUUGAACUUGUUUCUUGCUCUGUUACUGAGCUCGUUUAGUGCCGACAGCUUCUCCACAGACGAGGAAGAAGCUCCCAACGCGAUCCAACUGUCGAAGAUUCGAAUACAAAAGUGGAUUGUAUUUUCUCGCGCCACAAUAGCUACAUGGAGGUUGUCAUUUGCUAAAUCGUGCAGGCGGAAACUUCGCGAGCCAAGUGCAGUUCUCAGUAACGACGGGAAAAUGAAAUCUCCGGGAAUAUCCGGCAGUGUUAUUCAGAACGACAUGGUCACAGUGUACAUCGACCCUCCAGAAAAGGAGUCUGCGGGAUCUGGAGACAUCAAAGCCGGGUUCAGUUCAGAAAUACCUGGGUCUCCGAAACUCGACAACAGGCAUGACCAAAUGAACCAGGAGAACGAUUUUAACCUCUUAAAUGCGGACAACGUAAAAGUACCAAUCGCAGCCUUGGAAUCGGAUUUGGAAAACCAAGAUACUUCAGACAAUGAUUCAGACAACUCCAGUAUUUGUACAAAUAGUUCGACCGAAAGCGACGUCAGUUCCGGUUCAUCUUCAAGCAUGAGCAACAGUGAAUAUGAGAAAAUGCAACAAAAUAUUGUGGAAGAAGUCGAACCACCAGAGGGUCUAAACGCUGACGAGCCUUCUGCGUGCUGGCCAGACCAGUGCCGCACUCGUUUCCUCUGCUGUGAUCCUCCCACCGACCAGGGAUUUCACAAAAUGUGGUGGAAUGCACGGAAGAUCUGCUUCCGUAUAGUUGAGCACACCUGGUUUGAGAUGUUCAUUAUUAUGAUGAUUCUACUAAGCAGUGGAGCUCUGGCAUUCGAGGACGUUCACUUCCGUGACCGAAAAGCUCUCCGUCAAGUUUUAAAGUACGCGGAUCGAAUAUUCACUUACGUAUUUAUAUUCGAGAUGUUGCUUAAGUGGGUGGGCUAUGGGUUCAAGAAGUAUUUCACAAACGCAUGGUGCUGGUUGGACUUCUUCAUUGUGGGGGUUUCUAUAAUCGGCCUGGUUGCGGAAGCUCUUGGUAUGGAUAAAAUAUCAAGUAUUCGUUCGCUUCGAACCCUUAGAGCAUUGAGGCCACUUCGCGCCAUGUCCAGAUUCGAAGGAAUGAAGGUUGUAGUGAACGCUUUAAUCGGCGCAAUUCCGUCAAUUGUAAACGUGUUACUGGUUUGUCUUAUUUUCUGGAUGAUAUUUUCGAUCAUGGGGGUGAAUUUGUUUGCUGGCAAGUUCUACAAGUGUCUCAAUACAACUGAUAACGUGAAGUUGCCGAGCGCAAACUUCACUUACAACAACGUAACUUAUCCUAUCAUCAACAAAACUGUAUGCGAACACCUGACUGAAUACGUCUCUCCUGAUAUCCGUUGGAAAAAUGGUAAAGUCAAUUUCGAUAACGCAUUUGCUGGAUACUUGGCUUUGUUACAGGUUGCCACAUUCAAAGGGUGGACGAUUAUCAUGUACGAUGCUGUGGAUAUUACGGACAUCGGCCUUCAACCUGAGUUUGAAAACAACGUUUGGUUCUAUCUGUAUUUUGUUGGGUUUAUAGUUUUCGGCAGCUUUUUCACUCUGAAUCUCUUUAUUGGUGUCAUUAUUGAUAAUUUCAAUCAACAAAAGAAGAAGCUUGGGGGGCAGGACAUUUUUAUGACGGAGGAACAAAGGAAAUAUUACAACGCCAUGAAAAAGUUGGGAUCCAAAAAACCGCAAAAGCCUGUACCACGACCGAAGAACAAACUGCAGGCUUGGGUGUUCGAUAUUGUGACACAUCAGAUGUUUGAGAUAACUAUCAUGCUGUUGAUUGUUGCCAACAUGGUUACUAUGAUGAUUGAAACACAUGACAUGUCGCCAACAUUCGAGUCAAUACUGGAAUACGUUAAUUACGUUUUCGUUGCGAUUUUUACUGGAGAAGCCUUAAUUAAGAUGUUCGCACUGCGGCACCAUUACUUCAAAAACCCGUGGAACGUGUUUGACUUCAUCGUUGUCAUUCUGUCAAUUAUCGGUAGUACCAUGAGCGAACUUAUCAACAAGUAUUUUGUGCAGCCAACUCUGUUCCGAAUCAUACGUCUCGCUAGGAUCGGUCGAAUUCUGCGAUUGAUAAAAGGCGCCAAGGGGAUUCGAACCUUGCUCUUUGCCCUCAUGAUGUCCCUCCCCGCUUUAGUAAACAUUGGUCUUCUGCUUAUUCUUGUUAUGUUCAUUUAUUCAAUCUUCGGUAUGUCCCAGUUUGCAUACGUACACAGAGGUGCAGGAGUUGACGAUAUGUUCAAUUUUGAGACGUUUGGAAAUUCUUUCCUCUGCCUGUUUAUGAUCACAACUUCAGCCGGGUGGGCCGGCCUCCUUAGCCCAAUGUUGGAUUAUGAGUAUCCAUACUGCAACCCAGAUCUACAAAAUGGAAAUCCGAAUAACACUGGUGAUUGUGGAAGUCCAACCACAGCAAUUGCAUUUUUUGUCACUUAUCUUAUAUUCACGUUCCUGAUUGUCGUCAAUAUGUACAUUGCCAUCAUCUUGGAAAACUUUGGUGUGGCGACCGAAGAAAGUGCGGAUCCGCUCGGAGAAGACGAUUUUGAAAUGUUCUACGAAGUUUGGGAACGCUUUGAUCCGAAAGCAACACAAUUCAUCACAUAUGGGAACCUUUCCGACUUCGUGGACAGCCUAGAACCUCCGCUCCGAGUCCCGAAGCCGAACACGCACAGUCUUAACAACAUGGAUCUGCCUAUGGUGAUCGGGGACCGCCUACACUGCCUCGACGUUCUCUUUGCUCUAACAAAACGGGUCCUCGGAGAGUCGGAGGAGCUUGAAGGACUACGCUCUUCGAUGGAGGAGAAGUUUAUGGCUUCGAAUCCCUCCAAGGUCUCCUACGAACCAAUCACCACAACACUGAAGAGGAAACAGGAAGAAAUAUCAGCGGUCAUGAUCCAGAGGUGGUGGAGACGUCUUCGCAUUCUCCGCACUGUCCGCAUGGUCUCCGCUAUGAUGCUGUCUGGUAAGAUCCGCGAGGAAGACGAAGACCCUCCCCCGGGAAAUGGGAGUGUGCAGCAAGCGACGGAGUACAGGGAAGAGAACGAGCUGAUUGAGACGAAAUGCUCUGGCAGCAACGAGAAGCCCGACUCCUACAGUGAUGUACAGGACCCUCCAAGCUACCAGCAAGUGAUGACUUACAACGAACAGAAAUCGCCGCUCGCCGUGAAAACGACCACGACCUGCUCGGCGGUGAUAGCAGGACAGCGUCCCACCACGCUUGUGAACGCAAACAGUGCGGCUUAUACGGGCACUUCGACAACUUCGUCGAUCACCUCGCCGCUGGACACUUCGCCUUCAAUUUCGUCUUCAAUAUCGACGCCACAUAAUGACUUAGCGAAGACGGCAGGACGCCGUCGUUCCUCUGAAGUUAACGCGGGAGCAAAAACUCCGCGGCGGGGCAGCGGUAGCACUGUGAAUACGCCCCUGCCGCGGCACACAGACUCCGACGCGGAGAACAAUAAUGACGGUAUUGUACAAAACGCAAACUUUUUGGCAAACCGUGACCUACAUAGGAACGAGUUGACCGCUCAGAAAAUUGUGACCAAAAAUGAGAGAAAAGAAAUGAACCGACCACGUGACGAUGACGUCACGAUGCCAGUGACGCACCCCACGACUUCAGGCGCCGUUACUGACCAGCCUGGUCGCCGCGCGGUCUCGUAAUGCGGCAACACACUACGUUGCAUGCGAAGUAAAUGCCUAUCUCGUGUUUCAUGCCACCUAUUUUUGUUGCAACCGCUGCGAGCGGCCAAGGACAAACGGUGGACGACCCUGGGCAAAUCACAACAGAUACUAUUUCCUUGUUUUUCCUCAACCAGAACUGCGAAUUUGAAGACGGGCGUUGCAGAACAAUUCAGUUUCCUGGGCCAAACGCGCGACAACGCUCACAGCGGUCUUUGAUCAAAGUCCCGCAUUUCCUUCGCGAUGUAUAUAUUAUAGGACAGUAUUUAUGCCAAGAACGAGUUUUAAUUUUGUAUAUUGCACUGACAAUGAGGCUGUCACCGUGACCGUUCUACUUGUGCUUAAAUGUACGCGCUGUGACCCCUAACCCGGCCCUUCGGAGGGCCCGCGGGGGCAACAACCACGCCCUCAGAUAUCAGAAGGUAUAUAUUUGCCUGUGGCUCAAGUGUUAACUUUCUUUAUCAGUGUUAUGUGUGACAUGGCAUGCCAUAUAAAGUCCAGCGGCCGACAGAACAAAGAAUCGAUAACUAUUAGCCUGCGAGUCAUUCUCUCUUCACCGGGAGACCUUUAUUCGCCUCUGGCAGUGUCUUCGAAACCGAACAAAUAAUAAAAUGUAAAACGAAA